UGCUGAGUGUAGUAUCACGCUCCACGCCGGUGUUAGCAAAGCUGUAGAAAUAUCAGUAUUUUCUUUUAAAUUUAGCGACAGCAGGAGCUAUUUCACAUGCCGAAUAAUAAAUAAGUCUGGGUAGAUGGUUUAAGUGAUAUCUAACCCAGAAAAGUCAACAUGAAGACUUAGUAAAGGCUGAAUGUCCUAAAAUAGUGCUAAAAUACACCGACUUAUAGGAUUUUUGCUCUCCAUUUUUGGAGCACUGAACAAGCAAACAGUCUAAAAUAGUAGAGGAGGACAGCAGGCAUGGCUGGCAAGGGUCGAGGAGUAGCUGCCUUUACCUUCAAUAUCGAGGCUCUGGGCAUCGGCAGGGGCAGCAUGCCAGAAGCCAGGGUGGGGCCCAGUCCGCUGUUUCCAAACACAGACUUUAAGCCGGUGCCACUGAAAUCAGGCGAGGAGGAAGACUAUAUGCUGGCCUUAAAACAAGAGAUGAGGGGAACAAUGCAGCGGCUACCACACAACAUCAAGCCCCUGUCCAAUAAAGCAGAAGUGGAGAAAUACACAGAGAUAUACCUGAAGCAGAGCAAGAUCACAGAUGAAGAGUGGACUCCAGACUGGAAUCUCUUCCCAAAAGAACUGAUGCCUCAGAAGAAAAAACCUCGUGUGAAACCAGGCACAAAGAAGAAAACAGCAGUAUCACAAAAAGAAUCCCAAGACAUGCUGAAUAAACUAGAUGAACUAGCAAAGAGAGAUGGUGGGGACCUUGAAAAAUCAGACGAUGAGACAGAAAAGAAAAAAGGCGAGGAGGGUGAGGAAGAAGAGCUAGAGGAAGAAGUGUAUGAUGAAGAGGAUAUCGAAGAGGAGAACGACUACAUUGAAAGCUACUUUGACAAUGGUGAAGAUUUUGGUGCUGGCAGUGAUGAUAAUCUGGGCGAUGAAGCAACUUACUGAGAGUGUGUCUCUCUAAUACUGUGGAUAAGUUGAGAAUACUUUUUGUUUGAUUAUGAGAGGCAAGUGUGCCUUGCAGACUCAUGUAAAUAACAGAAGCCGAGCUAUGUGCAUACUGGCAAUAAUUUAUUCAAAAUAGAUGUAUUUAUUUUCCAGCCUGUAGCUUUGUCUCCACAGGUUGAAAGGCACAUACUGUCAACAACAUAGAAUGCUUUUUCGUGAAGUAUCAAGUAGACACAGUGGUACAAUAAAAGGGCUAACAAAG